AUGAGCGAUGAUCUUAGUGCACUUUUCGCUAAACGAAAGGAAAAGAAGCAGAAGAAGAAUGUGGUGAGCAUGGAUGCAGUUGGAGAAGUGUUGCAGAGGCGAGCCAGAAAACAGGAAGAGCUAAUGGCUGCGGAAGUGGAAGAAGAAAAGAGAAGUGCACAAGAUGAAGCUUUUCUCAAGAGGACCGCGCAAGAAGAGAGCGAUUGGAUCGAUUCUUACGAAAAUGAUAUCGGCAGAUUCGAGGGCCUCAAAAUCAAGGACAUGGGUGCUGAAGAAACCGAUGAGGAUGAGAUCCUUCAGGCAGCCAUUGAAUUGAAGAAUAAUGAAGAAGUUCAGCACAAAGGAUGGGGAGCGGUAAAUAAGAAAAACGAGAGUGAAGAUGAUGAAAUGCCGGGAGCUUCGGAGAUGGCGGCUGUUCGACACAAUCCGCCAGCACCCACUCGAUAUGUGCCACCAAACUCGCGUGGCAAUCGAGCUGCGAACCUCGAUCUUAACAAUCAGGAAAUGUUCCCGACUAUUGGAGCCGCUGAUGAGAUUGAGAAACAUCACAAAGAGGACAAGAAGAAUCCAUGGGGUACCCCGGCAGGAGCUCCUGCACAAGCCGCUCCUGGUCGGAAUACUUAUCUUGCUCCAAGUCGACGUGGAGGAGAUGGUUCAGCUGCUUCAAUGACAGAAGCCUCUAUGGCAGCUGCCAGAAGCGAUGCCAUCGCUGCCGUGCGAGCAAUGUCCGCCGCCGCCCCAACAGCCAACGUUCGUCCCAUGGCGACUUCACAAGCCGAGAACACUGCCACUGCUACACCCACCACCGAUUCCACUCAAGCAAUCAUUCCACCAAAGCCAACUCCACCUGUUGAUACAGCACCUAAGAAAACUGUUAAACCAUCCUUUUUUUUUCAACCCUUUAUACUAGCUUUAAAACCGAAA